AUGCUGGCAGCUACAGCUUUACUCAAGUCGCAUUCUCCUCCCAAGACCCCGCGAGCCUCUGCAAACCGAUCGCGAACAAUCCCUCGUACCACAGGCUACGGCUCGGAAAAGGCGAUACAAGCUGUACAUAAAACCAAAAGCGAAGCUCUAGUCGAGGACAUCAUACCCGAGUCUCAGAAGCGAAGUUUGUCCCAAGCUGAAGAGUCAACAUUGCUACCUGAGCAACUUACGACCAUUGAGCUUCGUCUCAAUGAAGGCAAUAACCUCAACCGAAGAAAAGUGCAGAAAAUUGUGGGAGGCAGCAUCAAGAGGAAGCCGGUCUAUUUCCAGGGUCAACCUGCGCGCCAGAGCCCUAUUGACGAUUGCCGAGGGUCGUGCUCGCAGGUGGAUGGUCAGCCGGAAACUCCCCAGGCCUCCGGUUUCACGUAUAUACGAGACCCGUUCGAAGAUGAAGCAAAUUUCGACGAAGAUCUUGUGGAUGGAGUGUUGUGUGAAUGCCCAACAGGCUCAUCAACGCCAAAGUCAGCAGCAUUGACACCGCAACUAAAUAGGGUCGAUGAGGAAGAAGACUACAGCUUCCAGAAUCCCCGAAUCGGACCAGAAACCGUGGAUGCAAAGAGUCGCAACAACAGUCUAGACAUAUUUUCACCAGCAAUGGAAGCACCCGUCGUUGAAACGAUACCAGCAGAACACCGCGUGAAGAAACAUCCUUCACCAAGCAAGAAGGCUUUGGAGGACCUGGAAGCUGCUUUCGCCAUGUACACUAAGCUCAAACCUUUGGAAGAUGGGGACAAAACUGACGAACUGGCCAAGGAAAACCGCGACGCGCUUUCAGUCGCAGACGGCAAUAAAUUAAUGCGACAAUCGUGGUCGAAAUGUGACGGGUCUGAGGCAUCAAGACACACAAGCCAGAGAGUCGCACGCAGGAUUCGGCAUAGCUUGCCGUAUCGAACUACUCUGGCAAGUAGUCAGGAUAUCGACGACUUGCGAAACUGA